AAAUUUGCAAUUUAAUCCUUACUCACACACAGAGCGAGCGAGGGAGGGGAAGAGAGAGAGAGAGAGAGAGAGAGAGAAUGGAAGCUCUAGCUGUGUAUGGAGGAAGUCCAUCAUGUGCUUCAUCAUCUUCUCGCUUUCGAUCAUCAGCAGCCGAUAGAAGAAGAAGCAAAAACAGCUUAUCUCACAAUCUCAACCUACGCUUCAACCACCACAACCUCGCCGCAUUUCACUCUCCGUCCCAUCUCUUCUCUCAUUCCCCAUCUCGUCCCCAUACCCUCAAGAAUACCCACAUCUUCCUCCCCCACUUGAUUGCUUCAAUGGAACAAGUGGAAGAGACGUACGUCAUGGUUAAGCCCGAUGGGGUUCAACGUGGUCUCGUUGGAGAGGUGAUUUCUAGGUUUGAGAAGAAGGGGUUUAAGCUAACAGCCUUGAAGCUCUUCCAAUGCCCUAAAGAAUUGGCUGAGGAGCAUUACAAGGAUCUCAAGUCCAAGUCAUUCUUCCCCAAACUGAUCAAUUACAUUACCUCUGGUCCCGUUGUGUGUAUGGCUUGGGAGGGCGUUGGCGCUGUUGCAUCAGCUCGUAAGCUAAUAGGGGCAACAAAUCCUCUUCAAGCUGAACCAGGCACAAUCAGAGGGGAUCUUGCUGUUCAAAUGGGAAGGAAUGUGGUUCAUGGAAGUGACAGCCCUGAGAACGGCAAGCGUGAAAUAGAUCUCUGGUUUAAGGAAGGUGAAUUGUGUGAAUGGACACCGGCUCAAGCACCAUGGCUGGUGGAGUGAUGUGUUAACCAUCUUGUAGAUUCAAUCAGUUUUGGAGAUUUCUUUCAACCAUAUGUACAAUGAGAUCAAUUCAUUCCAUAUGAUUUGAAGCACUAUGAUUGAUAACAGUUCAUGUAGUUGGCAUACCACUAAUUUCCUUAGAGAAGUUGGGUAACUCUAGUACUCCAGGCCUUUUGUCUGUCAUUUGAACUGCAACUUUUGAACUCGUUAAACUUCCAUCGGAAAGGCCAAGGGUUGGUCCAGUGGAUGACAUGUUUAAUGUGAUGUCCUAGUAAUGUUUGGGUUCGAGUUUUA